AUGUUGUAAAUCUUAUUUUUGACGAAGAGAAAGAUGAAAAAUUAGAAAUGAAAAAUAAGAAUGAAUAUGAAUUAUCAUCGGAUAACGAGAUAAUUGAGAAUUUAUUUUUAUUUAAAAGCAGAAUGAAAUUAAGUCCUGAUGCUAUGCCUGUUUUACCCUGGAAUA